AUGGAGAACGGCAAAUGCUUCGGCCUCUGUGUGCGUGCUAUCCACUUUAGGAGCGCGCGCGAGUGGAAGCAGUUCAUGAACCCCAAAAUAGACGGGACGAGGAUAAAAAAGAUCCGCAACGUCAGCGAGAACGACAUGCUCCACAAACACCGGGUGCACAAGUACCCCUAUUUCAAGAUGAAGAAACUCGGGAAAUACAAUAAGGUGGAGACCACUGAUAGUCACCUAUUCAACCGAGACGUCGAAGUCGUUUAUGAUCACAGAUACGCUAACACCUUUGUGAAACUGAAGGAUAUCAUUUCGGCCAACAUGGAAGGAAUAACCAUCCGGGAGAGAUGCACCGAUGACGCAUCCUUCGAAGUUUACGAUUGCCUACGUAACGUAACCCUAAUCAAAAAAAAAAACCAAGAGUUAGAAGCUGAAGGGCUGUUUCGCGAGAUGGUGCAGAAGAUGAAGCAAGAC